CAGCAUUAGAAGACAUAUUGGGUCCACACUGACACAUUAAUAUAUAUACUUUGAGAUUCUUGGUUUCUUAGUAGAAAAAGAAAGUAUGGCUUCUUGGAAUUCAGUUCCACUCCAUGUCUCCUAUGAUGUUCUGGGUUGGUUUGCUUUUGCUUCAUGGUCCAUCAGUUUCUACCCACAAGUCAUCUUGAACUUUCGCAGAAAAAGCGUGGUGGGGCUGAACUUUGAUUUUGUGCUGCUGAAUUUGACGAAACAUUCCUCCUAUCUUAUCUACAAUGCAACCUUGUUCUUCAGCUCUGUUGUUCAGAAGCAGUACAGAGACAAAUACGGUCAAAAAGAGAUGAUACCUGUGGCAGCAAAUGAUGUUGCUUUCUCAAUCCAUGCUGUUUUGUUGACAGCAAUUUCCUUGUUCCAGAUCAAAAUCUAUGAUCGGGGAAGUCAAAAAGUCUCUAAAAUCGCUUAUGGAAUCCUCCUUGUUACGUGGACCACAGCUGCAGUGUGUUUCUUUGUAGCAUUACACAAUCAUCAUUGGCUCUGGCUAAUCUCAGUCUUCUCUGGCAUCCAAGUUUGCAUGACGAUUAUAAAAUAUAUUCCCCAGGCUGUGAUGAACUUUAUGAGAAAAAGUACACAAGGCUGGAGCAUUGUUAACAUUUUACUGGACUUUUCUGGCUCGGUAGCCAACUAUGCACAAAUGUCUAUGCAAUCAAUUGAUCAACAUUCUUGGGUGAACUUCUAUGGAAACAUAGGAAAACUAUUGCUAUCCCUGGUGUCUGUAUUCUUUGACAUCCUCUUCAUGUGUCAACAUUAUCUGUUAUAUCCUGUAAAGAAACGCAAAUUAGAGGCAUCCCCUGAACCUGAUAAUGCCAAAUCUUUGGAUCGACCUUUGUCAGAGAAUGUCUAAGAUGUAGCUUGUUUCAAAGUCCCCUUGUAAAUUGUAAUGAACUCAGUCUUAGUUGAUCUUAUUCCAUGACACAGCAUAUGCUAGAGGCUUGAACUCUUCAGCACCAAGUUUAUUUGUAAGCUUCAUGGGAAAUUUCAUAACUGGCAAAUGAUGUUAGUCUAUAGACAUAGAAACAUCAAACUCAUAAGGGUGUUAGUGUUAGUGUCCUUAUCAUUUUAUUUUUAUUAGCUUCUUUACUUUCCCACAAAUUAUCCGUAUGUAUCCCAAGUCUUGAAUUGUGGGACAGUGAGCUGGGCUUGUUUUGCAGAAUUGAACUUGAGAGUGCUUGUUUGCGGUUCCUAUAUCUUAUUUAGUGACCUCCUAUAAUUAUGCA